AAAUGAGUACUUUACAACUGCAUCUUAGAUCAACAAAUUCUAUCAGCAACACCUACAGAAGCAUUAACCACAGGAAAUAAGUACUCAAUAUGGAUGAAACAAACCAGUUUCAUCCAUUUCAUGUAAGACUUACUGCGACAAAAAAAAGAUUUACUCAGUCAAGUUUAGAACGCAAAGUUGCUCCUGCCCCAAUCUCCUCACGGUUUCUCUGCCCUCGCCCGCCCUAUUUAGCGCGCGCAACCAUAGCCGUCAUGCUACGCAGGCUAGCUAGGUAAAGUUUCGAUCCUAAAAUUUGUAAAAACGUCAAUGAAAGGUACGCUGAAUUUAUCUGUUGUUUUCUUUAUUGCUCACACGGAGUUUCGAGAAAGCUGCUCAAAUUCUCUGUCCAUACAAGCCCAAUGAUAAUAAUAAUAAUAAUAAUAAUAAUAAUAAUAAUAAUAAUAAUGAUGAUGAUGAUGAUGAUGAUGAUGAUGAUAACAUUUUCUCUUAUAGAGGGAAACUUCGAGCAGAUUUCUCGAAACUUAAAAAUGCAAAGAAAUGCGUUGUUUAGGACAUGAGCCGUUUGGAAGCAAGAAGAAUUAACUUUUUCUUAUCUUUUUAAUAUCUUUCCAAUUUAGAUAAAAUGAACGAGUCCUUUCAUUCUGUUACUGACGAAGAUCCCUUGGAAUCCUUGCGCUCCAGCGUGCAUGAAUUCUCAGACUCAUUCCACUCAGCGCUCUCAACAUCUGACAUCGACAAAAAGAUUGACGCUAUUAGUAAUUGGGUUAAAGAGCAGAAAAAGGAAGCCGAUGAAGAAGCAAGAAAAAAAAUCAUUGAGAGUAUGGGAAAUGUAGCUACUGCAACAAUAAGCGGGUUAGAGAAGAUGGAAAGUGGAGAUGUCCUGGGUGGUACUUUGGAAAUCAUUUCAAGCGUCGUGGCGCUUGCCGGUGAGGCGGCCGGCGGACCUGUUUGGGCGACAGUUGGGGGAACAAUUUGCAGCGUCAUUGGUGCCAUUCUUGCUUCGAGACAACCCAGGCAGCCAAGCAUCAUAGAACAAGUGGCCGACGUUGUACAUAAAGAGUUGGUCGAAUUUAACAGCAAGUUAUAA